UUGUUUUAUGGUACUGCUUCUUUAUUUAAUUUAGUUUAGCAUUGUGAGCACCAGUUUUUACUGAUGUGGUCAUUUGAUGUUUAUAACACUUGUUUUUAUGUCUUCAGUGAGGUCAAGUGAUGUCCUGAGGUUAUUCUUUGGUUUCAUGUGAACUCACCAAAGCAAACUCCUUUUAACCUCAUUAACCCAUUUGUGCCCAAAGACUAUUCUAUAUAAGGAAACAUGUCACAACGUUUGUUUUGAUUGGUCAAAUGUCCCUUUCUGUGAUGUGAUAGGUAUGUUGAGUGUGAUGGGGGUUUUGCAUACGCCAAAGACCAAGAUAGUCAAAAGCAGGAAGUAAAGUAAACCACACAUGUGCCAUGUAGUGUGAUAUCUAGAGCAGACCUGCGGUGAUAGUAGAAGUGGAUAGCUGCUUUUUGAAGUGGUUCCACCAUGAGACCCAACUACUGCCUGACCAUCCUUCUUGUGUCCAUCUUAGCGGUGCUCCUCAUCACUUUGGAUGCUGAUGGUGAAGAUUUAAAUUGUGAUGUUGAACUUAAAGUACGCCGUAACACGGUUUAUGGAGUUGCCCUUAGAGGAGACCUUGAGAUUCACUGCCCCAUUGCUUUCUGCAACUAUCCACCACCAACAGUCUCCUGGUAUAAACGUGAGAAAACAGAUGUCCCUGUCAACGUCAGCAGCAGCAGUCACAUUAAAACUAAGUGGAGACUUUCAGAUCAUUUAGAAGGGAAGUCGAUUUUGAUCUUUCAAAAAAUACUCAGAAGCGACUCAGGUGUGUACAUAUGUGGAGGUGGAAGCAGUAUCAGUCAUAACAUUAACGUCACUGUCCAUGAUUAUGUUGUGGCAAAUGAUGUCAUGCACACCACUGUUACAUGGACGACUUCAAAACCGGAAACACUUGAGUACUCCUGGCGGUAUGUGUACCAUGUUGUCAGGAUCACGCUGUUCGUCAUCUUAGUGAUAACUUUCUGUGUCGCAUCAAUGUGUGGGUGUAAAGGAAAAUCCAGGGACACACCGAGCCGCCGCCAGCCCUCCCAUGAUGCCUAGCCUGCCAACCAUAUCCAUGAUAACAUCCCUUUGUCUGCACCUUGAAAUCAAUCUGCUAAGUUCAAAUGGUUAAUAUCAAAACAUUUCGCAUUCAUUUCAAGGUUUUGCAACCUGUAACGUGUAUCUGAUUUAUUCACAUAUUUUUUUUUACCAAUUUGUGUUUAUCAAUGUGUUUUGUAUUGAUUGAGUUUUAAUGCCCUUGAAGUAAUCAUUGUUUUUACAUUGACAAUAUAUGAUACAUUUGUACAUAAUGAUGUGUUUACUGAGGUGAAUAACAUUGAAUAUUGCUGUUGACUCCAUUCUGUGGUUUUGUAUUCCUGUAAUCAAGCCGUAAUAACACAGAAGUGAAAUUUCUCACAUGAGAAACUGCUGCUCGCAGUGUGGUCGUGGGCAGAGCGCAACACAUAGUUUUGCUUCCUGUACGGACACACGUCUUUGUUCACACGUUUGGUGCAGAUCCCCCUUUAUUAAAUGCGAUUGUCUCUUUAUCUA